AAAUUACUUAAUGUAUGUUGUGUAAUUAAUGUAUACAGUUCUAAUAGACAAUAUUGGUAUUUCUUUUUUUUUAUAACGAAAAUAAUAGUUUAAACAUAUUGUAAAAAAUAAAUACAUUAUUUUUAUCCAAAAACAUCAACGUAAGAUGGAGCCGAUUUCUAAAGGUACUCAUAUACGCGAUACAAUGUUGUCGUUUUCUUAUCCAGAGGAAGAAGGCGAUGUUAUUUUUAAUGAAGCGCAAUGGUACGACUCCAUUAAAGGGUCUCAUAAUGAGGAAGAAAAGCAUAUAACUACGGAAAAAGAAAGAGUAAACGUGGCCCAUAUAUCACCACCCAAUGUCAUAUUUGAAAAUUCGUCUUCUAAAUUGUAUGACAAGAAAAAAAAAAAAAAAUCAACACAUCGUACUGAAAGGCCAUCACUAUCCGAGAGUUUUUGUACUUCAUUUUUAUGUGAAAGUAUUGAAACGGCUGAACAAAUGAAAAACAACGCCACAUAUAGUCCAAAAAAAACGUCCUUAAACCAAAAUGGAAAGCUUUUAUCAAUCAAUUCUUACUUUUUGGAAAUCCUUCUUCACAGCUUCGAUUCCACUUCUUUACGACGGAGGGAGGCCCAGUUGUCUCUUUGGGAAAUUGUCGAGCACUUUAACUUUAUCAAUGAUUUUUUACUUAUUUUGCGCAUGAGCUACAUAACGCAUCAACAAGAAUAUAAGACUCAACCGGCGUUACAACGUAUAGGCAAUAUUUGUACGAUAUAUAUUGUUUGUCUUUGGCUUACUUCCGCUUUAGGUUAUGCGACACGUCGUUACUUUGUGUAUCAUAGAAUAACGCCUCUAUAUAGCGAUAUCUUUUAUCCUUUACAUGUUUUGCGACGAAUACGUCAACUUGGAGAUAUAUCACCUGAGACACUGUAUAUGUUUGAAAGGUUGUCUUUAACAUACCAAAUUCUUAUGAGAUUUCUAGAUGAUAUUCCUCAAGUUGUUAUUUCUACAUUUUUUCUUUUUCAUUUCGGUCGAAAUUUUUACACAUAUUUUGUGGUUGUGUACUCCUGCGGAUUAACACUUAUAACCAGUAUUCGUAUGAGUUUUGCGUAUCCAUUAUGGGGAACGCUAUCUCUUAUUUUUUCUCGUUCUCCACCCGUUGACUCUCCAGUACUUUAUGAAGCUGCUCCAAUCACUCGAAACUUUUCGUUAUUUCUUUCUGCUAAUAUGGCUUUAUGGAGUCUCGCUAAUCUUUUUUGUUAUUAUUAUAUACCAGGCGUCAGUUUAUUUCUUUUCAGUUUAUUAUCGUUUGGACUUGCUUCAGCAUCCUUAGCCUUACUGUUUUUUUGGUGUUACUUUGCUGUACAAUCAGAUAAAAUAAUAACCUUUCCUGAAUAUACUAGAGAUUAUUCUUUGGGUAUUGAAUUAUUAUCACCUUUACCGCAUCUGAUUGAAUAGAAAAUGUCAUGGUAUCAUUAGCGUACAAUUUUUGAUUCAUUUCAAAAGGAACAAGAAUAGUUUGUAACGAACUGCGUAAAAAAAAAGCUUAUCAACAAGGCUUUUUCAACCAAUGGUAGACUUUCAACCUUCUCUUACCUUCCGUCCCAACCCUGUUUUUCAAAAAUAUGUAAAUGAUUUUCGGUAUCAUCUGUUAGCAAAUGGAUACUCUUUACAAUGUCGUAUCUUAUGUAAAAUUAUUGACAAAUCCCAAUUUUUCAAUCAACUUAUUUUAAGUUUCCUUGAAGAAAAUGAAGACACUCAAAUAUCAUCAUUCCCUUGUAGUUUUUUUUUCAAUUGGAAGAUUAUUUUAUUAAGUCUACCACUUUUCUUCUUAUUUUUUUUUUCCUUUAUUAAAGUUUUGUAUACUGUAACUUUUUUGUCUUUUUUUUUUUUAUGUAUUCUUUAUAACAUAUUUGAAUUCCUCGUUAUUUCUCA